AUGGGCACCCAAAUCAAGAUCACUUCAGAACAGCUAUUUUUUGUUGGAGCAAUCCUUAGAGUUGUAUUUUUCCUUUUUGGGCUUUGGCAAGACAAGUAUAUGCCCGUGAAUUAUACAGACAUUGAUUAUGUUGUCUUCUCGGACGCUGCAAAGUAUGUCGCUGACGACAAGUCGCCAUAUCUGAGGGAAACCUACCGCUACACGCCCAUGCUUGCGUGGUUCCUCUUACCAGUCACAUUCGGGGGAAACUGGGAGCACUAUGGGAAAGCUUUAUUCAUGCUAUGUGACAUUGUUACUGGUGCACUCAUCACAGAUGUUCUCAAGAGAGAAGUCGCCGUUAAAAGCAAGCCAUCUACAACCUUUGAAAGCAACAAAAUCACCAUUCUCUCUGCUAUUUGGGUGCUUAACCCUAUGGUUAUUACUAUCAGUACGAGAGGCUCUUCGGAGAGCGUUCUUACGUGCUUCAUAAUGUUGGCAGUUUCAAACCUUUUGAAAUCCCAAUAUUUUUUAUCAGCAGUAUUCCUAGGCUUGUCAAUUCACUUCAAGAUUUAUCCAAUUAUCUACUUACCAGCUAUAAUGUUUUACCUUACCCCCAAAAGGCUGCCAUUGGUAAAGCAAUUGCAAAAUGUUCCUGUGCUUGGCUGGGUUAACAAGCUCAACUUAAUCUACUUUUUCGUUGUGCUUAUUUCUUUUGCACUUCCAACAUACUUGAUGUAUGAGUUUUAUGGGUAUGAGUUCCUAUACCAUUCUUAUCUUUACCACUUGACCAGGUUGGAUCAUAGACACAAUUUCUCAUUGUACAACUUGGCACUCUAUCUUAAAUCUGCCCAGAAGUACACACAAGAGUCUUUGACUAGUGGUAGUUUAACUGCCAUAGUCCUUGAUAUGAUCGAAAAGGCUGCACUCGUCCCACAACUAGUGCUUUCUGGUAUCGUGAUUCCUUUGGUUUUGGCGAGAAAGAGCAUCACGAAUUGCAUGUUUAUACAAACGCUCACGUUUGUCACCUUCAACAAGGUCAUGACCUCCCAAUAUUUUAUUUGGUUCCUUAUCUUCUUGCCCAAUGGCUCUUCCUAUGUCGAACAUGGCAACACCAAAGUUAUGUGCAUCGUGAAAGGACCUAUGGAGCCACAUACAAGGUCUCAACAAGACCAGUCAAAGGCGACUCUCGAGAUAAGCAUAAAUGUCGCCAGCUUUUCCACUUUGGAAAGAAAGAAGAGGAACAAGAAUGAGAAACGUCUUGUCGAGCUCAAAGCUACACUUGAAAGAACCUUUGAACAAAGUAUCCUCACGCAUUUAUAUCCUAAGACUCUCAUUGAAGUACAUGUUCAAGUUUUAGCGCAAGAUGGUGGCAUGCUAGCCAGUAUAACUAAUGCUAUCACUUUGGCUCUCAUAGAUGCUGGUAUAUCUAUCUAUGAUUAUGUGUCUGCUGUCACAGUGGGACUUCAUGACCAAACACCUCUUCUUGACCUUAAUACGUUGGAGGAGGGAGAUGUCAGCAGUUUAACCAUCGGAGUUGUGGGAAAGAGUGAGAAAUUGGCAAUGUUGCUCAUGGAGGACAAAAUGCCUUUAGAUCAUUUGGAAUCUGUUCUCGGUAUCGCCAUAGCGGGAAGCCACAAGAUCAGAGAGCUUCUUGACGAUGAAGUAAGGAAGCACGGUAAUAAAAGGCUGGCGAAACUUCAGGGCUAG